UUUUGUUUUAACAGGAUUUAAUACCUAUGAUUUUUUUUGAAUAUUAACUUCAAGUUGUACCUCUCCAAACCCUGUUUGAAAACUAAAGUGACUUCUUGAGAGAUGUUUUCCUCAGAACGAGUUAUUGCUGGAACUUCUGCCUGGGCCGGGGGCUGUGAAGCCAGGACCGAAGCCGGUGGGCAGGCAGCUCACGUGUCUGAGCGGUAGUCACCUAAAACGUCCUGCACACCGAGUGAGACCUCACUGAGCUGUGGUGACGCACAGCAGAGAAGCUGCUCCUCACCGUCUGCUCCAUUUCGGGACAUGUGGCUCUGCUCUGCCAGCUGCUCAGAAACCAUUUGCUUUUGACUCAAGAUGAUUUGAUGUUAUAGUAAAACUCCUAACCAUGAUGGCUACACAGACACUGAGCAUAGACAGCUAUCAAGAUGGGCAACAGAUGCAAGUAGUAACAGAAUUAAAAACGGAGCAAGACCCCAACUGCUCUGAACCUGAUGUGGAAGGAGUGAGCCCUCCCGCCGUGGGGGCCCAGACGCCGAUGGACGCAGACAAGCAGGCCAUUUAUAGGCAUCCACUGUUUCCCUUGUUAGCUUUGUUGUUUGAAAAAUGUGAACAAUCUACACAAGGCUCAGAGGGCACGACUUCUGCCAGUUUCGAUGUGGAUAUUGAGAAUUUUGUAAGGAAGCAAGAGAAGGAAGGAAAACCCUUUUUUUGUGAAGAUCCAGAAACGGACAAUUUAAUGGUAAAAGCAAUCCAGGUUUUGCGCAUUCAUCUUCUUGAGCUGGAAAAGGUUAAUGAACUCUGCAAAGACUUCUGCAGUCGAUAUAUCGCUUGUCUAAAAACGAAGAUGAACAGUGAAACUCUGCUGAGUGGAGAGCCCGGAAGCCCGUACUCCCCUGUCCAGUCCCAGCAGAUUCAAAGUGCCAUCACAGGCACUCUCGGGCCCCAGGGGAUCGUGGUGCCAGCAUCCGCACUGCAACAGGGGAACGUAACCAUGGCAACAGUGGCAGGUGGCACAGUUUAUCAGCCUGUCACAGUCGUGACUCCCCAAGGCCAGGUAGUGACACAGGCGUUGUCGCCCGGGACGAUCAGGAUCCAGAACUCCCAGCUCCAGUUACAGUUAAACCAAGAUCUAAGCAUCUUGCAUCAAGAUGAUGGCUCAUCUAAGAAUAAGAGGGGAGUUCUGCCGAAGCACGCUACCAAUGUGAUGAGGUCGUGGCUCUUCCAGCACAUAGGGCAUCCGUACCCGACAGAAGAUGAGAAAAAGCAGAUAGCUGCUCAGACAAAUUUGACACUACUCCAGGUCAACAACUGGUUCAUCAAUGCCAGAAGACGAAUUCUUCAGCCAAUGUUGGAUUCUAGUUGUUCAGAAACUCCGAAAACGAAGAAAAAAACUGCUCAGAACAGACCGGUUCAGAGGUUUUGGCCCGACUCCAUUGCGUCCGGUGCUGCACAGCCGCCACCGAAUGAACUCACCAUGUCGGAAGGAGCUGUUGUGACGAUCACCACACCUGUGAGCAUGAAUGUGGACAGCCUCCAGUCUCUGUCCUCGGAUGGGGCCACCCUGGCAGUACAGCAGGUCAUGAUGGCGGAGCAGAGCGAGGAUGAGUCUGUGGACAGCACGGGGGAUGGCGGGGCUGCGCUGGCACCCACCCACAUCGGCGGGCUGGUCCUGGAGAACAGCGACUCCCUGCAGUAGGGGCUGGGCGCCAGGACCUGGGCGGACGGCCUGACUGUUUAUAGUUUGCACAGCAAACAUUUUACACAGUUUUAUUUCUAAUAUGUUUUAUAUGUAGAUAUAGAAGAGUGCACUUUUGUAUUUCAUAGUCGGCUUCAAGAGCG